AUGUCAACCUCGGGCAGAGACUCGGGGAGGAACUCACCGGCCCCGGCUAAUGUCCCCGGCCGCCGGCCUUCCUCGCCCGGCGGUUCUUUUCGCCCCGGCUCCUUUCGUCCCAGCUCCUUUCGCGCCCGCUCGUUCGGCACCUCGAUACCGCGCGCUGAUAGCAUCGCCCGCCUCGCCACGCCCGUACCACCACAACAACCGUCUGGCACUCCAACACCUAUUCCGAUAGAGGGAGGAGAUGCUGACGCUGGGACUGGCGCCUUAUCACCGCUUCCCGGUGCUGGGUCACAUUCUGCUGGCCCCGGUGUUUCUGCUCUAGCCGCUGCCUUGUCCAACACAUACGGAGCCUCACCACCUCGCUUUGGCACUCCUCCUGCGCGCGCCCUUUCUCCUGCCCCUUCGGCUGCCCAGCUCCAAAGAUCCGCGACGCCCACUACGAACUAUGGCUCCUUCGAUACGAGACCGCGGCUACCGUCCACUGGUAUCAACGGCCUUGCGGCAUACGAAGACCCCGAGAUCAUCAAGAGACACUUGGUCCAGCCUGGGGAUGGUGCCGGGGAGGACACAAGCGAGGGAUCCAAGGGCAAGCAGCCCGCCGAAGACGACGAUGAGUUCUCGAGUCUGCAGUUGCAGGGUGGUGACAUUACGCGCCCCAUAUACAGGUGGGCGGAGGAGAUAGAACAGCGCAACAAGGCCAAGCGAAGCAAAAGCUUCAGCUACCCCAGGCCUGAACCAGAAAAUGAGGUUUUGGAUAUCAACUCGAUCAAAGUCCCCGGUGGCUUCCGGCGCAAUUACCUCCGGACACACGUGAGAGAACAUUCGGCUCAUCCUGACGACUACGAACACGGUGCGGGCCAGAGUGCGCCCCCACCCAGGUUACUGACUACCAGCUUCCUCGAAUUCCUUUCUCUGUAUGGGCAUUUCGCCGGUGAGGAACUCGAGGAAGACGACGAAGUGCUCAAGCCUGGCGAAUACUUCACCUCCGGAAGCGAGGAGGGCGAGUGGUGGAGCGACGAGGGCUCUGACGAGGAUCACGAGCCCAUGGAGGACAGCACGCUGUUAACGCCGUCUCGACGUAAGAGGAGAAGGAAAGAGCGUGGUGGAAGCGGCCGAAAUAGCCCCAUGAGCGCGGCAAUGCUUCUCCUUAAGUCCUUCGUCGGUACAGGUGUUCUCUUCCUCCCCAGAGCCUACCUCAACGGCGGCAUGAUCUUUAGUAACGCCGUGCUCCUAUUUGUGGCAGCUCUGAGCUACUACUGCUUCGUCCUCCUCGUCACCACUCGCCUAAAGGUGGAAGGAUCCUUUGGUGACAUUGGUGGCAUUCUCUAUGGCAAGUGGAUGAGAAACCUGAUUCUCUUCUCCAUCGUCAUCAGUCAGCUCGGCUUCGUGGCAGCCUACAUCGUCUUCACGUCGGAAAAUUUGCAGGCCUUCAUCCUCGCGGUCACCAAUUGCAAGACAUACAUCUCCAUAUCAUGGCUGAUUGUCAUGCAAAUGAUCGUCUUCCUGCCCUUCUCGCUGCUGCGUGAUAUCGGCAAGUUGGGAUUCACUGCACUUAUCGCCGAUGCCUUCAUCGUCAUCGGUCUGGCCUACCUCUUCUACUACGACGUCCUGACGCUCAACACCUCCGGCCUGGCAGACAUCAUCAUGUUCAACCAGAAGGACUGGACCCUCUUCAUCGGCACCGCCAUCUUCACCUUUGAGGGCAUCGGCCUGAUCAUCCCGAUCCAGGAGUCCAUGAGGAACCCCGAGAAAUUCCCCAAGGUGAUGGCCAUCGUCAUGAUCAUCAUCACCACCCUCUUCACCGUCAUGGGCGCCGUCUCCUACGCCGCCUACGGCUCCAAGACCGAGACGGUCGUGCUCCUCAACCUGCCCCAGGACGACAAGAUGGUCAACGGCGUGCAGUUUCUUUACUCGCUCGCCAUCCUGCUCUCCACCCCGCUGCAGAUCUUCCCCGCCAUCAGGAUCACGGAGAACGCGCUCUUCACAAAGAGUGGCAAGUACAACCCUUAUAUCAAGUGGCAGAAGAACGUGUUCCGCUUCUUCAUCGUCGCUUUCUGCGCCCUGGUUGCGUGGGCGGGUGCCGAUAACUUGGACAAGUUCGUCGCGCUGGUUGGUAACUUUGCUUGCAUCCCGUUGGUGUACAUUUACCCGCCGAUGUUGCACUACAAGGGCGUCGCUAGAAGCGCUCUCUGGAAGUUCUCAGAUGUCGCCCUCUGCAUCUUUGGUUUCAUCGCCAUGGCAUAUACGACUACCUUGACGGUCAUGAGCUGGGCCAGCGCCGGAGAGGGCGGAGGGUCACCCAGCUACUGCGAUGCUAAGGGAUUGAGCCUGUAA